AUGGCAGGGAAGAAAGAGAUGGAGGUUGUGAAAGGGCUAGACUUGGAGAGAUACAUGGGACGUUGGUACGAGAUUGCUUCUUUCCCCUCGUUCUUUCAGCCUAGGAACGGCGUCGACACUCGAGCCACCUACAAACUUAACCCGGACGGUACGGUGCACGUCUUGAACGAGACAUGGAACGGAGGGAAGAGAGCUUUUAUCCAAGGCAGUGCAUACAAGGCCGAUCCUAAGACCGAUGAGGCUAAGUUCAAAGUCAAGUUCUAUGUCCCUCCUUUCCUACCCAUCUUUCCCGUCACCGGUGACUACUGGGUCUUGUACAUAGAUCCCGAUUACCAGCACGCCGUGAUCGGCCAGCCUUCCAGGAGCUAUCUCUGGAUAUUGAGCAGGACUGCUCAUGUGGAGGAAGAGACAUACAAGCAGCUGGUUGAGAAAGCGGUGGAGGAAGGUUACGACGUAAGCAAGCUUCACAAGACACCUCAGAGUGACACACCACCGGAAACCGACACCGCCCCUGACGAUAAAAAGGGCAUUUGGUGGAUCAAAUCUCUAUUCGGCAAAUAG